AGGAGGAAACAUACAACAGAAAGCUCUGGGAAGUCUCUCUCCCUCUCUUUAUGUCUGUGUGUGUUUUAGUUGUAUAAUGAAGAAGCGGCUGUGAGGAGGGUUUUAUUAUAACUCUUGGACAAUGAUUAGGACUCUGAGCACGGCGUCUUUUAAGGCUGUUUGCACCUCGCAGCCGAAAUUGCUAAAGGACAUUAGGAGCAGACAGCUGCACAGUACGUACGAUGUGGCCAUUGUGGGAGCCGGGAUUGUGGGACUGGCUACGGCCAGAGAGCUCAUUCUGCGACACCCGACGCUCAGCUUCAUCCUGCUGGAGAAAGAAAAAGAGCUUUCUGCACACCAGAGUGGGCACAACAGUGGAGUCAUUCACAGCGGGAUCUACUACACGCCGGGGUCGCUGAAGGCUCGUCUGUGUGUGCGUGGAGCCACUUUAGCCUACGAGUACUGCGAGAAGAAAGGACUCCCUUACAAGAAAUGUGGAAAGCUUAUCGUCGCUGUGGAGCAGGAGGAGAUACCCAGACUAAAAGCUCUAUAUGAGCGUGGCCUGAAGAACAACGUGCGGGACCUCAGUAUUGUCGAUGCCAAGGGAAUCCGAGAGCGAGAGCCGUAUUGCAGGGGCAUAAUGGCCUUGGAUUCACCGUACACUGGCAUUGUGGACUGGAGGAUGGUGGCUCUCAGGUACGGCAAAGACUUUGAAGAGGCAGGCGGCACGGUGGUAACAGAAUAUGAGGUCAAUGACAUUUCCAUGGCCAACGAGAGCCCAGCUGGUAGCACUGAAGGAAUGAAAUAUCCAAUCGCAAUCAAAGACAAAAAGGGCAACGAGGUGCACUGCCGGUACGUCCUGACCUGUGGAGGCCUGUACUCAGACCGUCUGUCGCAGAUAUCUGGAUGCAGUCGGGAGCCACGGAUCGUGCCUUUCAGAGGAGACUAUUUGGUGCUGAAGCCAGAGAAACACUAUCUUGUCAAAGGAAAUAUCUAUCCGGUUCCUGACCCUCGUUUCCCCUUCCUCGGAGUUCACUUCACCCCGAGGAUGGAUGGAAGCGUCUGGCUCGGCCCCAACGCAGUACUAGCCUUCAAACGGGAGGGUUACAAAGUGUACGACUUCAACGCCCGAGACUUUAUAGACGCACUGUCCUUCAGAGGCCUUCAGAAGCUGGUGCUGAGGAACAUAACAUACGGAAUGGGAGAAAUGUAUAGAGGGGUUUUCAUUGGUGCACAAGUUAAACUCCUGCAGAGGUUCAUCCCUGAGCUCUCGCUGAGUGACGUAAUGAGGGGUCCUGCGGGAGUUCGAGCUCAGGCUCUCGACCGGGAUGGAAACCUUGUGGACGACUUUGUGUUCGACGGUGGGGUCGGGGAUGUGGGCAGUCGGGUGCUCCAUGUGCGUAACGCUCCCUCACCAGCGGCCACCUCCUCUCUCGCCAUCGCUGAAAUGAUUUCAGACGAGGUGGAGAGCCGCUUCUCGCUGUAGAGAAUCACGCAGGAAAAACAACAACAACCGAAUACCAAAUAAUGAAGCUUGAGGUCUUGGAGUGAAACUACAAUGUUGUCAAAAGCUCUCACUACCUCAGCAUCACCGUCGAGCCAUUUUUAUUGCAGGUCAAGCCUUAAUUGUGGAGGAGCAAGUACGAUAUCCUUGACAUAAUUACAUUUUUAAGAUUUCAUAAGGGGGAACAGGAGCACAUCUCCUGCACUGCAAUGCAGUCGUGUGCUCUGCCUUUAUAAAAAAGAAGGCAGCGCUACAUAGUUAAAGAACAUUUUAAAAAUUGCAAAAACAUUUUUAGAUGAAUUUAUUCACAAUGAAAACCCAAUCCUUCUCCGCCCUUUAAUUGUGCUUAAAUUCAUCUAAAAGACCAAUACAUGAGGUGAUGUUUUUGGCGUUUUUUAUCUAUUGUGACGCCUUUUUUCUGACUUUGCUUUGGACAACAUAGACUACAUUUUAAAGAUAGUUUUAUUUUUUGUAUCGCUAUUUCUGGUUGUGAAAUAUGUUUACUGUAUCACAUUUUAAAGUCAAAUGUGUUUUGAUUCUUCUGCAAUACAUCUACGCUCAAAACAAAGUACGCCAUGAGAUACUCUUAGUGAACACUUUAGAAUAGGGUAAAAAUUUAAGUUCUAGUAAUAUAAUCGUCAGUGUGAAGCAGUCAAAUACAAAUAUACUGUUUUAAAUUUAAAAUGAACUUUUAUUUUGGGAGAUUUUUAUUUUUUAAGAGUGUAAUUCUGGGAUGGAGUUUCCUCUUUUACCUACGGAUGUGUUGUGUUUGUUAAACCACUGACGUGAGAGAAAUUUGUCACUAUUUUAAAGCCAAUUGUGUAAAAUGUUGCAUCUAUUCUGUGGAGAAAUGUGUUCAUUAAGUUGAGUAGGUCAUAUAUAAAAGUUAAAAUAAAUUACACUGCCCUCAAAAUUAACUAAUUUAUUAUCAAAUGUAAACAUUUCCUGUACUUUAGGCCUAUUUUUGAGAAAAGCUUUAUGUAAAACGCACAAUAAUAGCUAUACAGGAUGCACAUUUUACAAAGAAAUAUUGGUUAUUUGAAAUUUUGGGGCAUUUGACAGUUUUAUCUGCCAAAACAAUUGUUAUUACUAUUUUUUUUAAAUUAUAUCAACACUAAAUAUUUUAGUCUUAUAUCAUAUCGACAUUUCUGUAACGUGGUGGGAGGGGAAUUCAAAUAAUAAUAAAAUAUGUUGUCUGAUAUAGCUUCAGAGGCUAAAAAAUGUUACUGAUGUAUAUGUCUGGAUAAAUAUAUAAAAUGGGAUGCCCAUGCUCAGCCAAUUUAUUGAUGAAUGAAUGUUAAAGGAUUUUUACUAUAUUUUUGGAUCGCAAAUGUGGUCUGUGUCAUAUGAUUUUUAAAUCUAGGCUACAUAUUAUUUUAUGUUUAUCUGAGGUAAUUUUUAAUAUUCAAAAUUAUACAAAAAAUUGGAUUUUUGGUACAUUAUACUGCUAAGAUGCACAGAUGAGGGAAUAAGAAAAGGUUAAAAGUUGGGUUCAUUAUUGUUUCUGUGUCUUCCUUAAAGCAACUAUCAGGUGCCCAAAUCGAGCUUGAUACAGGUCUUAACGUUGCUGUAAUCAUUCCUCCUGUUCAUAUUAAACAUUAGAGGAUCCCUUCAUAAUGCACCUACAAUGUGAGGACAAAAUCCAGUCGUCCUUCUCUGCAAAAAUACAUUUAAAGGUUUAUCUGAAGCUAAUAUGAAGCUUCAGUUGUCCAAAUGAGUCAAAUCAAGUAGAUAUCUUUAACAUUACAGUCGUUUUAGUGCCAAAGUCCCUCUUUUUGUUUGCAGCUUGGAAACACAAACCGAGAAUUUGGUCACUAAAAAGACUUUAAAUGUGGCAGAUAUCCUCUUGAUGUGACUAACUCAGACUGCUGAAUCCUCAUAUAAGCUUCAGAUAAACUUUUAAAUGCAUCUUUGCACACAAUGACUGCGUGGACACACUGUAGUAGUAUGUCAGUAUAAACAGGAGGAAUGAUUACAGUAAGAAAAACCUCCUUCACUGCUCAUAUGGACACCUGACUGCUGUUGUUCUAAUACAGACUUAAAACAUUGUGAACCCGACCUUUUAAACGGUUUGUCCACAAGGAGGCAGACAAAUACACAGCAACAACAUACAGUACUGUGAGCAAAAUGUCUAAAUUUCAUGCUAUUGUGAAAAGCAUUUCUCAAUGUUUGUUAAUGCCUGUAUAAUGACAUGAAAAUAAAGUGAAUUUGGCAUUGA